AUGCUUGCUUUGUUCUCCACCUCGCAUAUAAUGCUUGGUGUAUCAUCAACACGACUUCCGAUCCGGAACCCUUACCCUGUCAAGAGCGCUUCCAAACUCAUCGUUAUCGACCAUGAACUCAAGCGUUACCGCUCGACAACGGCCCGUUCUUAUCACCAAACAUCAGCGUCUUCUGCUAGCUAUGGUAGUCCUCACCUGGAUUGCUUUCCAGGCAUGGACCUGCACCGCGCAUAUACUUGCAUUCGUACGCAGUCCUGCCUUCUGGGAGGCCAUACGCCCGCCUACGCGAUUGGAACGUCGCAUAGCGCUAGGUCUACCACCGGUCCCUCUUCGACCUCUGGUCAUCCCAUCCUCUACACCAGCGAGACCCCGAAUCAACGCCUCGCCGACUGCCUCGCCUCCACCAAAACCGACUCGCGUCACUCGCAUGCGAACGGCAGUCAAGCUGGCAUUCUCGCCACGAGCGCGCUCUUCAUCCGAGAGUGGGACUAG